GUUCCGCGUUUCAUUCCAGGAAGUCAAUACUCCAAAGUCCAUCAUAUUUUGAUACAUUUCCUACUGUAGGUGUCUGCUCACUGUGGGCUUAUACUUGAGGAAAGGAGUCUACGUUUUGCCAAGGCAAGAUGGAGUUUGUGAUUGAACACACUUGGGACAGCAAUCUUGUGACUCACGACCCUGUAAAGGUCAGGUUUUCCCCUGGAGAUGGAGGAAUGAAGAUGGAGGUGUCUGCUCCGUUCUUCAAUGACCCCCCAGGUCCUCCUGGCCCCUCAGGCCACCCCUUCCCCAGGCUCUGGGACUACGAAGUGGUUGAGUCAUUUUUCCUGGACAGCACUACAGAAAAGUAUCUGGAAGUGGAGGUUUGUCCCCAUGGACAACACUUGGUACUUCUGCUCUCUGGAAGAGGUCAAGCAUUCCAGCAAGGUCUCCCUCUGGUAUUCACGGCGUGUGUGACAGCGGGCCGAUGGAUUGGGGAGGCCCUGCUGCCCUGGAGGUACUUCCCACCAAACGUCAACAAGAUGAACUCAUAUGCCAUCCAUGGUUCCGGAAAGGGCCGCACCUACGAAGCUCUGUACCCUGUACCAACAGAAGACUUGGUGGAGGGACAGAAACCUAACUUCCACCUCCUGGAAUACUUCCAAGACUUCCGCUUGCAAAGCAUCAUGGGGGAGGGCUGGAUACAGCCCGAGUCCGAUCUCUGGACAGGAAAGUGCUGAGGCAGGCGGGAACAAUAGGAGGACCUGCGACCGUGACGCCAAAGUCACCUGGAUGGGGACGAGGGGUUGGGUGGGUGGGUGUGGGGGGUGUACAAAGCCCAAUCUAUCUUUAUUAGUUGACAUUGUCAAACACCCUGACAUGAAAUAUGUUAUCAGCUUGUCAAGUGGUAUUAGACGUCACCUGAAAUAACCUGGCUCAGUCUGUGACCUACAGGCCCUGAGCUGAAGGAGAGGGCUCAGCCUGGAGGUUCUGGUGCCGUGGAGGAAGACGGGCAUAGAGGGAGUCACACAUAACACGAAAUGAUGGAAGUGGAAUUUUUAUCUGGGUAAAUUUUCAGCAAUUGCAUGACUUAACAAGGUCUUGGCUUGACUAAUGGGAAAGCAUCCCUAUCAUUUACAUUUAGUCAUUUAGCAGACGCUCUUAUCCAGAGCGACUUACAGUAAGUACAGUAAGUACAGGGGCAUUCCCCCCGAGGCAAGUAGGGUGAAGUGCCUUGCCCAAGGACACAACGUCAUUUGGCACGGCCGGGAAUCAAUCUCCUUCAGAUUACUAGCCCAAUUCCCUAACCGUUCAGCCAUCUGACUCCCUAUCAUGAAAUUCUGAUCAGAAAAUACUCAAUCCUAAACUCUUUAGAGCCCACUCUGUCUGUCUAUUGGAUCCUCUCAGAUUCAAACCCCGCACUCAUUGUUAUGACCAGAUUGAGGAUGACUCAGAUGUUCAUGGGUCAUUAAUUGCGUAAUAGUAUACAGGGCAAGUACAUUAGCAGGAGCUAAUCGACAACAUCCUGAUUGCACAGUAAUUAAUGCUUCGUAAUCAUGUUGAUUUAAGUCGUGUGAUAAGAUUGAUUAGCCCAAUGUAGGGCAGAUAUUGUAUCUUGACAUGACAAAUAAACUAAUAUAACACAA